AUGGCCCAAAAUCAAGCCGGCUCUAAGAAGCGGCGUCGCGAGCCAUUCAACGUCAAUACCAAGUUGGUAGAGAUAUACGAGGAUCUUGCCAGCGAGAAAGACGAAAUUCGAUUAAAAUCCGCACAGGCGCUGGUGUCGCAGUUUACCCCCGAUAAAAACCCCACAGAUGAGCAUAUUCAAAGAGUCCUACAGAGACUCAUCCGUGGUCUCUGCAGCAGCCGGAAGGCCGCAAGAAUCGGGUUUUCCAUCGCUUUAACUGAGGUCCUGAAUCAAGUCUUUGCAUCUCCUCGGGAGUCGUCGGACAUUAAUGUGUCCAAUGUCAUGUCCAUCUGGGAAUCGCAGUCUAGCGCUUCAGGCAGCGAGUCGGGUCAAGAACAAAGAGACCAUCACUUCGGACGUCUCUUUGGGGCGGAGGCUAUUAUCAAGUCUUCCAUUCUUUUCAACCCCAAGGCUCCGUUCAAUGAGUGGGUCAAACUCUUAGAUCUGGUGUUUGAUCUGGCCAACAAGAAGCCGUGGAUCAGAGAGGAGUGCGGCUGGAUUAUCUAUCGCUGUAUCUGUGAACUUUCUGCCCAGAAAGCUGAUCCCAAAUACGUAGAAACUGCCCUGGAACGUCUAUGCUCCCAUGACCUAGCGCGGACACCAGAGGGCGUGUCCAUCUGGCUAGCAGCUAAGGACCUAUUUCCAUCUGUAAAAUUCCCAAGCAAAGUCUGGAAGCACGAUGACCCAUUGGAUGCACGCGAAAGGAACAACUUAUCCAAAGUCUUGAAAGAUUCCUCUUCCUCUGAGUCUGAAAAUGGCGGCCAGAGCAACACCAAGUCAUCUGGCGUCUGGAAUUCCAAGCUUCAUUUUGCUUGGGACGCCGUUAUAUCUAGAUUCAGUGCUGUUACUGGCAAGGAGAAGUCUAAAAGCGAAGGCUUCGCUUCAUCUCGUCUCAGUUUUGUCGAUUUCUGGACUGAAGUUGUUGACAACGGGCUUUUUGCAUCUGCUUCGUCGGAGGAACGUAAAUAUUGGGGCUUCCUUCUGUUCAAUAAGAUCCUCAACGAGGCUCCCUUGGACCUGGCCUCUCAUGUGUUUACAAAGAACCUUGUAAGGUGUCUGAUAAAUCAGCUUGCCGUGGACGACAGGUACCUGCACAAGAUGGCCGUCAAAUCAGCGAAGACUAUCCAAGCGCGUGUGACAAAGGAGCCGGAGUUCGCGGGGGCCUCUGUCAUCGGCUUAAUGGGCUCGGCUGGCUCAGUGAACUUCGAUCAAGUCACCAAGACGAAAACAGUGGAGAAAAUUGUUGUCGAAGCCAACUUGGAUGCACUGAAGCAGAUAGUGCCUCUUUUCUCUAAGCUUAUUGCCUGCCCCGGCACGAAUGACAGCAAGGCUGCUGCUUCAACCCGCCAACUCCUGGCUGGUCUGCUCUUGUCUAUCGUCCGGUCUCGAGCCUCAGCUAGUGGUGAAUCCCAGGAAGGGAUCGAAUCCCUGCUAGAGGAUAUUCUGUAUACUUUUGUUCGGUUUGCCUAUUUCAUGGACAGAGGGGACAGCCAGGCAGCUGCUCAACCGGCCUUUGCUCAACAGACCCAGGAACUAUUCCGGAGCAGAAUCAUCUCCUGUCUGAAUAGUCUUAUCUCUUCUCCAAAGCGUGCACCCACUCUCCCAUAUGCCGUGGUUCGCAAGAUUCGUGAUGUGGCCAAGUCCGGAGAGUUCGGCAAUUUCAUUAUUAACAUGGACGAGAUACUUAAUGACUCGGUGAAGACCGCAUUUAAGGCAUUGAAGAAACUCUCCAACACAAAACAGGAUGACGCAGGCGUUGAUGCAUUUAAACUUCUAUACUCCAUGACCAUCCUUCAGGUAUACAAUGGCGACACCGAUGCCGUAUCCAUGCUGGAUGAACUCGAUUUCUGCUAUACCAAGAUCUUCGCAGACAAAAAGUCUAACAAGGACGAGACUUCAGAUGCAUCCGACGCCCUGGUGGAAAUUCUUUUGAGUUUCGCAUCUAAGCAAUCGCAACUUUUCCGUCGCAUGAGUGAACAAGUUUUCAAUGUUUUUGCGGAAAAAAUCACGGAAAACGGUCUGGAGUCAUUGACUUCCAUCUUGGAAGCGAAAGAAAGUCUUGCUGGUCAGCAGGAAAUGUUCGAUCAACAAGACGACGAAGAAGGAGACGAGGAAAUGAUCGAUAUAGACGAAGACGACAGCGACGUCGAGGUAGUCGACGCAGAAGGUUCUGGCGACGAAGGAAGCGAAGACGAGGGCGAGGACGAGGAUGAAGAAGAAGGCCCCGACUCCAACGCCGACUCCGACGAUGAAGAAACCGCCGCCUUUGAAGCGAAACUCGCCGAAGCGCUUGGAACGCAUCGCGGCGACCAAGACCUAAAUGAGGAAUCCUCGGAUUCCGACGCGGACAUGAACGACGACGAGAUGGAAGAGAUCGAUGACCAACUUGCGAAAGUAUUCCGGGCUCGUCGGGACGCUCUUGGUCAAAAGAAAGACAAAAAGGAUGCGCGCGAGAACAUGAUCAAUUUCAAGAACCGCGUGCUGGAUCUACUGGAGAUAUACGUCAAGAAGUGCCAUUCGAAGAUCCUGGCGCUCGAUCUUCUUUUGCCGCUUUUGCGACUUACUCGUCGAUCUAGUGUAAAGCAGGUCUCCAACAAGGCUAAUGCUGUGCUUCGUGAAUAUACGAAACUGUGUAAGGGGUCUGCACUGCCUACGCUGGAAUCGACGGAGCCGGUGUGGGAGCUUCUGAAGUCGAUCCAUAAUGAAGCGACGUACAGCGGCCCGCCUGCACAUGCUUCGGCCUGUAGCCAAGCGAGUCUUCUCGUGGUGAAGGUGUUGGUGGCACACGACAAGGAGGCUAUCGCUGGGGUUGUGGAUGUCUAUGCGGCGACUCGAAAGGAGCAGCUUCUCAGCAAGAAAUGCCACGUUCAGCCGUCCUUGUUUACGGACUGGAAUAACUGGUGUGUUUCGGCAAGCAAGCAGAUGAAGAACUAG